GCAUCCCACUAGGAGAACAAGAAGAAGUAAGCUCUUAUAAAAAUGAAAUAGGCUCUUAUAAAAACAAAGUAGGAUUUUACAAAGUAAGAUCUCACAAAGUAGGAUCUCACAAAGCAGGAUCUUCCAAAGCAGGCUCCUCUCAGGAAGAACUCACAAAUAAUGAAUUAAACUGCAAAAGUAGUUUCUAUUCCCUUGGUGCCACUUCUUUAAGAACAUGCUUCUAUUGUAAAAGCAGACACUUAGUUGAUAAAUGCUCUGAAAUCCAACCUCAUUUGAGAGAUAAUUGUUUAAAAUGUUGGAAGAAAGAACACAGU